AUGGAGGGCUUCAUCAACAAGGCUAAGGAGUUCGCCGGCUCUGAGCAAGGCAAGGACCUGAUCAACCAGUUCUCGGGCAACAAGAACAACAACAACAACAGCAACUCGUCCUCUGGCUUCGGCGGUAACAACAACGACGACUCGUACGGCUCGUCGAACAACAACAACAGCUACGGCUCGUCGAACAACAACAGCAGCUACGGCAGCAACGACGACGACAACAACAACUCGUCGUCUUACGGCUCGUCGAACAACAACAGCAGCAGCUACGGUAGCAACGACAAUGAUAACAACUCGUACGGCAGCGGCAACAACAACUCCUCGUCGUACGGCUCGUCCGGCCGCAACAACGACAACGACAACUCGUACGGCAGUGGAAACAACUCGUCCUCCUACGGCUCGUCCGGUCGCAACAACGACGACAACGACAACUCGUACGGCAGCGGCAACAACAACUCGUCCUCCUACGGUAGCGGCAACAACAACUCGUCGUCGUACGGCAGCAACAACGACAACGACUCGUACGGCUCGACCGGCCGUGGCGGCAACAACUCGUCGUCGUACGGCAGCAACAACGACAACGACUCGUACGGCUCGACCGGCCGUGGCGGCAACAACUCGUCGUCGUACGGCAGCAACAACGACAACGACUCUUACGGCUCGUCCGGCCGCAACAACGACAACGACUCCUACGGCUCGUCUGGCCGUGGCGGCAACUCGGGCGGCUUCGGCAGCAGCAACGACAACGACUCGUACGGCUCCUCGGGCCGCGGCGGCAACAGCGGCGGCUACGGCCGUAGCAACGACAACGACUCCUACGGUUCGAGCGGCCGGGGCGGCUCGGGCUACGGCAACGACAACAGCGACUCGUACGGCUCGAGCAACAACAACAACAACGACUACUAA